ACCGCACCUGGUAGUCACCACUAGAUAAAACUUUCUGCUCCUGGCGACUGUCACCAGUGACUGUGACCUGAGGAGGAGCAGGAGCAGGAGCGGCAGGGAGCCAUGCCCAGGUACACGGUGCAUGUGCGUGGAGAAUGGCUGGCUGUCCCCUGCAGGGACGCACAGCUCACCGUGGGCUGGCUGGGCCGCGAGGCUGUGCGCAGGUACAUGAAGAACAAGCCAGACAACGGUGGCUUUGCCUCCGUGGACGACGUGCACUUUCUAGUGCGCCGCUGCAAGGGCCUGGGCCUGCUGGACCAUGAGGACUCGCUCGAGGUGGCCCUGGAGGACAACGAGUUCGUGGAAGUGGUCAUAGAGGGGGAUGCCAUGUCUCCUGACUUCAUUCCAUCGCAACCAGAAGGAGUCUACCUGUACAGCAAAUACCGGGAGCCGGAAAAGUACAUCGCCUUAGAUGGGGACAGCCUGACCACCGAGGACCUGGUGAACUUGGGCAAGGGACGCUACAAAAUAAAGCUCACCCCGACGGCGGAGAAGAAGGUGGAAAAGUCCAGGGAAGUCAUAGAUAGCAUCAUAAAAGAAAAGACUGUUGUUUAUGGCAUUACCACGGGUUUCGGGAAAUUUGCCAGAACUGUCAUUCCUAUCAAUAAGCUAGAGGAGCUCCAGGUCAACCUUGUACGUUCGCACUCUUCAGGUGUUGGGAAACCACUAAUCCCUGAGAGAUGUCGGAUGCUGCUGGCUUUAAGGAUCAAUGUCUUAGCCAAAGGAUACAGUGGCAUUUCCCUGGAGACUCUCAAACAAGUUAUUGAAGUAUUUAAUGCCUCCUGCCUGCCCUACGUUCCAGAGAAAGGAACCGUUGGUGCCAGUGGAGACCUUGCUCCACUCUCUCAUCUUGCUCUUGGGCUCAUUGGAGAAGGAAAGAUGUGGUCUCCAAAGAGUGGCUGGGCUGACGCUAAAUACGUCCUGGAAGCGCACGGAUUGAAACCAAUUGUUUUGAAACCAAAAGAGGGUCUGGCACUCAUCAAUGGGACACAGAUGAUCACCUCCCUGGGCUGCGAAGCUGUGGAGAGGGCCAGUGCUAUAGCGCGGCAGGCUGACAUCGUGGCGGCCUUGACCCUGGAGGUGCUGAAGGGCACCACCAGAGCCUUCGAUACCGACAUUCAUGCUGUCCGCCCUCAUCCCGGGCAAAUUGAAGUUGCUUUUCGGUUUCGGUCACUCUUGGACUCGGAUCACCACCCAUCAGAAAUAGCAGAGAGUCACAGGUUCUGUGACCGUGUGCAGGAUGCGUACACCUUGCGCUGCUGUCCACAGGUCCACGGUGUGGUGAAUGACACCAUAGCGUUUGUGAAGAAAUUGAUUACCACAGAACUGAACAGUGCAACAGAUAAUCCUAUGGUCUUUGCCAACCGGGGAGAGACUAUUUCUGGAGGAAAUUUCCAUGGUGAAUACCCAGCGAAAGCCCUGGACUAUUUGGCCAUCGGUGUCCACGAACUUGCUGCGAUUAGCGAAAGAAGGAUCGAAAGGCUCUGUAACCCCUCCCUCAGCGAGCUGCCUGCCUUCCUGGUGGCCGAAGGUGGCCUGAACUCUGGAUUCAUGAUAGCCCACUGCACGGCCGCCGCCCUGGUUUCUGAGAGCAAGGCUCUGUGCCACCCGUCGUCCGUGGACUCCCUCUCCACCAGCGCCGCCACGGAGGACCAUGUGUCCAUGGGAGGAUGGGCAGCGAGGAAGGCCCUCAGGGUCAUCGAGCACGUGGAGCAAGUGCUGGCCAUCGAGCUUCUGGCAGCCUGCCAGGGCAUCGAGUUCCUGCGCCCCCUGAGGACGACCACUCCCCUGGAGAAGGUCUAUGACCUGGUGCGCUCUGUUGUCAGGUUUGGGAAGUAGCUUCACCAUACAUCGAAAAAUACAAAAUGGAGCAUAUUCCUGAGUCAAGACCUGUUUCUCCAACAGCCUUUUCCCUGGACUCUCUACGCAGGAAAUCCAGCAGUAUCCCAGAGUCUGGGGACCUUUAGAGGGCUUUGUCGUGGAAUUGUAGAUCAGACGGUACUUAGUUUAACAGCAAGAGGCAUUAUGCUGAAGGGGAGGCCUGAGAACUUUGUGUAGGUAGAUCAAUUCAUUAUAUAAUUCAGUUCUUCUAAAACCCACUUUGGAUAGACUGGUGGCAGCAAUACAGUUGCUAAACCUCGCACGGUGCUCCUGGUGGCCUGGUCUGAGGCCCAGCAAGUGUUUUUUCGGUUAUUAAGAGCUUUUCUUCUUUAAUGCCUUCCAAAGGCCACUCACCCUUAAGGGUGAGAAGAGCAACCACACUGCAGGGUCUUUUACUCUUAACAUCAGAGCAACUCACAUCUUGAAACAGAUUGAUGGCAUUCUUUUCCAAAAACAUUAGACUUUGGUUAAUCGCUCCCUCCCCAUUUUUUUUGUUUUUUUGUUUUUUGCUUUGACAAGCUCUCUACUAGUUAACUCUGGCUGAUUGUAGUAUGUACGCUAUGACCGAUGCUCCUUACUGUGCCUUCAGAAACAACCCUUUUAAAAUCACAAUUUGUCUUCAAGCUGUUCUUCCUACUACUAAUCGAAUCAUAGUGAAGAGUAGUCAGUAGGUCAACAAGAGGCUUAUGUAAAGGAAUGAAGGAACGAAUAUAAAGAUUGUUAUUGGAGUGGCUCUUA